AUGUUGGAUUACGUUAGUGAUGUGCCUUUAAAGCCUACCAAGAAAACUUUUUUUGAUCCACCAGAACAAAUUGAUGACGUGAAUCUUGAGGAAUUAGUUUUUGACUUCAGACUUGAAAGCAGAGAGUCGGGCAGUAUUCAGCUUCUUGAAGCAAUCAAAAUAUUGGGUCAAAUGCUACAAGAUAUAAUCCAGCUACAGCAGUAUCCGGAUUUGUUUCAUGACUUUCGUGUUCAAAUUUUCAAAGAGUUGAAGUUAUCGCCAAAUACAACGUCGUUGACACAGAAUGAUGAUGAAUCAGACUCCAUCAGAAUUGAAGUUUCGCUGCAAAUCAACGACGAACCUACACCGAAUUCUGUAAAUCAUAUUCCCAUUGGUGACUUAAUUGCUCGAACGAACCUAUCUCAUGAAGCAAAGGUACUACAUCCAAUUACUGAACCGAAUCCCUCUCGAUUACAGCAAGAUUAUGAAAACAAUCAUACUCAAUCACCUCAACUUUUGAAAAUAUUCAAUCUCGUCUCGCGUCCCUCUAUUACCAUUGAGGAAUUCUUAUUGCGAAUAAUGACUUACUCUCCACUGGUGUCGGCACUGCUGUAUUUACAUUCAGCAUACAUGUUAUUCAAUUUGAGUGUUUUGUUUGAUGUGGUCCCUUUAAACUAUUAUAACGUUUAUAGGCUUAUACUUGGAUCAAUUCGUUGCCUGACAAAAUGCCUUGAGGACAUUUUUCAGAGGCAAAAGCUGUUCGCAACUGUUGGAGGAGUGUCGUUGAAAGAUUUGUUAAAGAUUGAAGUUGGCUUCUUAUAUCUUGUCAAAUUCAGGUUAGUCAUCGGGAGUGGAAUUUUGGACCAAUUUUUGCAAAAGCAAUGGUUACGACUUCGAACGUUUUGCCAAGAGAAGAUACCUAAUGUUGAUAUCAGCAAAUCAAACUGA